UGGUGACGUCAAGAUGAAUCUUGUGCUCUGAUCGUCUGAGUUGGAUGCGACAUUACAGUCGAUACAUUAUUGACACUAGAAUAAGUGAAUAGUUUGUGUGAAGAUGUCAGUCAGAUGUCUCUCCUCGCUGUUCGUGGUGUUGAUGGUCGUUUCGAUCGGCGCUGUUUCAGGUGCUACUGGUCUGAAAUGUUAUCUGGGCGAUGAAGUUAGUUUUAAACCGAACCCUACACUGUCAUCUGGAAGCACCAUUACCUGGAAAUUCUGGUCUGCUGUUGGGAGUGUGAUUCGAGUGAUUGAAUUUGAUCACGGCGAAUCUACACAUCCUCAUAAUCCUCUCUUUAAAGAGUCCAUAGCAGCAGACAAGUACACUGGGGAACUGACUUUAAAACAUGUUAAGAAAGACCACAGUGGACUCUAUUACUUUGAGAUCAACGGCAAAGAGCAUCAGCAGAAGUUCACAUUACAGGUUAUGGGUUUGCCUCCUAAACUGAAGAUGGUGAAAGAGAGAGAUUCUGUCUCUCUACACAUUGAUGUUAAUGAAGAACAGAGAAAUGAGAAGAUACACUGGAAGAUCAAACACAACAACUCUCCUGUAGCUGAAAUCAUUACAGAGAAUAGAAAGAUCUCAACACCUUUUAUUGAAGAGAGAUUCAGAGACAGACUGAAGCUGGAUGAUCAGACUGGAGAUCUCAUCAUCACACACAUGAAGAAUGAAGACUCUGGACAGUAUGAUGCAGAUGUCACCAUCGGCAGCAUCACACACACUAUACACGAGACAUUCAGUUUCACUGACUCAGGUUCGUCGAUUGGCCUUCCAACUGGCUGUCUAUUACAAGUGCUCCUACCCUGAAACCUGGAAUGAGUGCUCUCUGGCUGGCCGGGAUUGGUUUAUGGGGUUCAUGAAAAGACAGCCCAGUCUGUCUAUACGGUGCCCUCAAGCUACCAGUCUCACACGGAACACAAGCUGGUGGUUCCAUUUACGUUUGCCACAAUUGUGAGUCAGAUGGGGAAUUGUGAAUACUUGAUGCUAUGAAAUAAUCAGUUUGUGUUCUUUUGGUGGUGUAAUGAAAUUGUUACGGCCUACAUCAGUUUAUGGGAUUGACAAAGGUGUUACAUUGUUGUGUACUUGUUUUUUUUACUUUAAUAAGUUAACUCAGUGAACUCAGGUCUCAAAUAAACUAAAAAAAGAUUUGAAAAAUGA